AUGUGUAAAGAUGGUAGGAACCAGCUGCAUCAGCCACCCAGCGAUGAUGAGGCAAACGGUGGCCCGGGCAGCGGGUACAUCGGGAGGGUGUUCAGCAUCGGCCGGCACCAGGUGACGGUGGACGAGGUGCUGGCGGAAGGUGGAUUCGCCAUAGUGUUUCUUGUGAGGACUAACAAUGGGAUGAAAUGUGCCCUGAAGCGGAUGUACGUCAAUAACGAGUAUGACUUGCAAGUCUGCAAAAGAGAAAUCCAAAUCAUGCGGGACCUGUCUGGCCACAAGAACAUUGUUGGGUACAUUGAUUCCAGUAUAAAUUCCGUAAGCAGUGGCGACGUGUGGGAAGUGCUGAUACUAAUGGACUUCUGUCGAGGAGGUCAAGUGGUGAACCUCAUGAACCAACGCCUGCAGACCGGCUUCACGGAGAAUGAGGUCCUGCAGAUCUUCUGUGACACCUGCGAAGCCGUAGCCAGGUUGCAUCAGUGUAAAACGCCAAUAAUCCACAGGGAUUUGAAGGUUGAGAACAUCCUGCUCCACGAUCGUGGCCACUAUGUCCUGUGUGACUUUGGAAGUGCUACUAACAAAUUCCAGAACCCUCAAACAGAAGGGGUGAACGCAGUAGAGGAGGAGAUCAAAAAGUACACUACGUUAUCCUACAGAGCACCAGAAAUGGUCAACCUCUAUAGUGGCAAACUUAUUACUACAAAAGCAGACAUAUGGGCCCUUGGCUGUUUACUGUACAAGCUGUGUUACUUCACCUUGCCGUUUGGGGAGAGUCAGGUGGCAAUCUGUGAUGGCAAUUUCACCAUUCCAGAUAAUUCUCGGCACUCACAAGACAUGCACUGCCUCAUCCGGUAUAUGCUUGAGCCAGACCCUGAUAAGAGACCUGAUAUUUAUCAGGUUUCCUACUUUGCAUUCAAAUUGGCAAAGAAGGAAUGCCCAGUCCAGAAUGUCCAGAAUUCUCCAAUCCCCGCUAAACUCCCAGACCCGGUUAAAGCAAGUGAAGCUGCUGCAAAGAAGAGUCAACCAAAGGCCAGGCUGACAGAUCCCAUCCCUACAACAGAAACUUCCAUAGCACCCCGCCAGAGACCUAAAGCAGGACAGACACAGCCCAACCCUGGAAUUUUACCCAUUCAGCCAGCCCUGACGCCGAGGAAGAGACCCACGGCUCAAGCAGCCAUUCAGCCCCAAGUUGCAGGACCUGCUGCCCUGGUCAGUGGUCAGCCUUCGCUCCCUGCAAGUGUCCCCCAGCAAAAAGCAGCACCUCCACAGACUCCGGCACAGCCGCAAGCCAAGCAGGCACCCGCUCCGCAGCAGGCCUCGCAGGCGCAGCCCCAGGUCCCUUCUACUCAGCCACAGGCCACACCUCAGCAUCAACAGCAGCUUUUCUUGAAGCAGCAGCUUCUGCAACAGCAGCAGCAGCAGCAGCAGCAACAGGCUGCCUAUUAUCAGCAGCAGCAGAUGAUGCAGGCUCAGCAGUUCCCAGUGAUGCAGCAAGGAGCGCCAGCACAGCAGCAGCUGAUGCAGAACUAUUACCAGCAGCAGCAACAGCAGCAGCAGAUGAUGGCCCAGCAGGCAGCGAUGCAGCAGAAGACAGCAGUAGCAGCAGUCCAGCAGAAGCAGCAAGCCCCGGCACCGCCGCAGCCCCCGGCCCAGCCGAGCGCGGCCCAGCCGGUGCAGCCGCAGGAGCAAGUGAUGCAGGCACAAAUGAGGCCACAGCAAAAACCUCAAACCACGCCCCCCCCAGCAGUGCAAGGACAGAAGCUGGGCUCCCUCACCCCUCCGUCCUCCCCCAAGACGCAGCGUGCAGGACACAGGAGGAUUCUGAGCGACGUGACCCACAGUGCGGUUUUUGGGGUUCCAGCCAGCAAGUCUACGCAGCUCCUGCAGGCAGCUGCUGCUGAAGCCAGUCUCAACAAAUCCAAAUCUGCUUCCACCACGCCCUCGGGUUCCCCAAGGACCUCACAGCAGAAUGUCUAUAACCCGCCUGACGUCUCCACGUGGAAUCCCUUUGAUGAUGAUAACUUCUCCAAACUCACAGCUGAGGAGCUGCUGAACAAGGACUUCGCAAAGCUAAGCGAUGGGAAAGCUCCAGAAAAGAUGGGCAGUUCCACAGAGAACUUGAUUCCAGGUUUCCAGCCAGCUUCAUCUGCAACCCAGGCAGAUGCAUUUGGUGGCUCUUCCUUCACUGCUGGAUCAGCUGAAAAAACGAAAGACAUUCUGAGUUUGGACGCUAGCCCUCCUCUUCUGACUGUGCCUGAUCCUUUCAUUCCUCUCCCGCUGUCCGACACGCCAGAAAAACUGAUUGAGGGACUCAAAUCUCCUGAGACUGCGCUUCUGCUCCCUGAUAUCCUGCCUCUCGCUGACCCCUUCGGUAGCACGUCAGACGCUGUGAAUGGAAAACCUGACGUAGCUGUUGAGAGUCUCAUACCGGGCCUCGAGGCUCCCUUGCCCCAACGCCUUGUGUCACAGACCGAGUCGGUUGCCUCCAACAGAACAGACUCUCUCACUGGGGAAGACUCUCUGCUUGACUGUUCUCUGCUUUCUAACCCUGCUGCUGACCUCUUGGACGAGUUUGCUCCCGUAGCUUUCGCGGCUCAGCCUCACAAAGAAGAUACUAACCUGAUAUCAGGCUUUGAUGCUCCUGAGGGCUCUGAAAAAGUGACAGAAGAUGAAUUUGACCCAAUUCCAGUGUUGAUAUCCAAAAAUUCACAAGGUGGGCAUUCUAGAAACAACAGUGGAAGCUCUGAGUCCAGUCUUCCCAACAUAGCCAGGUCUUUACUGCUGGUGGAUCAGCUCAUAGACCUGUAGCAGUGACACAGUAGCAGACGCAGUUUCUGUAACGUACCUAAUCCUCCGUUUUCAUUUCCAGAAGAGUUACCUUCUUUUUUUUUUUUUUUUUUUUUUUUUUUUUGGCUCCUUAAUUGAAAGAAAAACAAAUCUACCUACAGGAGACAGUCAUCCACCUUUCUCCCUGUCUUCCCAUGCUCUGGGAAAGAUUCUGUCUCAGUUCUCCAGGUAGUCCUCUCUAAAGCUGGUAAAAAGCUGUUGUGGUUCCUUCUGCACCUGUCUCUAGUAGCCUGUGUCUAAAGGGAGCGCUGUCCUUAGCCGCCCUGCCGGGAUGAACACAUAGCACCGUGGAAAGCCUAACUGUAAAUGAAUUAGCUCAUUGUAGCUGACCUGUGAUCCCUGCGUACAACAGACUCCUUUCUCCUUAGAGUAGUGCGUGAACAACUGUGUUUCAAUCUUUGCGUUUGUGUUUUUGGGUUUGGUUUUUGUUCUGUUCCUGUUUUCUGAUGAAUGGGCAGGAGGAAGGGGACAGGUGGAAUCGGUAGGGACGUCCCUCUCCUGCAGAAUACAGGUUAGGAGAGCUGAUGUUUCUAAAUUGCCAGUACAUGCUUCAGAGGAGGAGAAAGCACUGAAUGCCUCUGAAGUAGUCUUGCCUAGUACCUCUGGUGAUGGUGCGUAUGAAGAGAGUUUUCCGGACUGCCCCCAACUAAUGGUUUGCUGUUUAACAAUCCUGCUUGCAAAUGAACUGCGCUUCCUUGGGGAAGGGGAAAAAAAGAAAAAAAAGAAAAAAAAAAACAAACAACCCGAUUGUUAAAGCUGCAGAAAUGACCCUAAGUGAAAUAUAACAAGUUUUUGAACCAAAUACAUGUGAGUAUGGCUGUGACCUAGCGUUUUGUUCACCUUUCUGGAUGAAAAGGGCAUUGUGGCAGCAGCAGAUGUAUUUUCUGUGACUUCUUUUCUGUGUUUGACUGGAAAAAAAGAAAAUCCCCCCCAACCUACUGUAAAUUGUGUAUGAAACAAAUUGUCCUACGGUUGUUUGUCUAUUUUUAAUCCUGGUUUUAGUCAAGCAUCUGGUAUCUGUUCUGGGUUCCCCUUUUUCUCUUGUAACUGCAUAUAGUGCAAACCAGUUCAGUAUGGAACCAUUUGUUUCAGUAGACAAAGAUUACUGUGGACUUUACGCCACGCUUCAGUCUUUGUGGAACAAGCAUGCACUUGAUUCAGAUGGUUUGAAAUAAGUGCUGCUACAACCUGAUGGGUUUUUACCUUUUCUUUCUCCCUUCACAUGCUUAGUUUGUCAACUAGCUGGAUACGCUAAACUUGUUUUCAUUGGCUUAUGGUCAUGAAGUCCGGAAUUUCUAUCUUGUAUUUGAAAGCUCUUUCUGAACAGAAGGACUCUUCCUCUGUAGUGGAAUAAUUAAUAGCUUACUGCUAACCUUGUGUAUGUGUAUGUAGCUGUAUUAGUAAAAGUGCAGUUUCCCAUGUGCGAAAGUAUGAACGACUGAAAUAUGUAUGUACUGCCCUCUCGCUAAGAAGGAAAGAAAUCAAAGUUCGUGACUACUCCUUUCCUAUCUCCAGUCUCUCCGCUAUUCCCCCACCCCAACACUUAGUUUAACAAAUUCUGUAAAUAGAACUACCAUCGAUUGUGUCUGCUCUACAUUACUCUUCUUUUAAAACCUACACUUAAUAAUAAAAGUAUUGCUUAAGUGUGUUGUAUCAUUACAUGUGUAUACUGCACUUUCCAAGAGAAGCUUUACAUGAGAACUAUGGAAAUGACCUUAGUAAAAUUGUGGAUAGAACUUUAUUAUUUUUUUGUUUUAUAUUCCUAAAGCACAGGCAAGCUGGACUGGAAAACAUGAAGACGCUAUAGAUAGAAAGUUAUUGUAUAGUCAGAUACUGAGAUUAUAUGAAAAGAGAAUGGAUUUUAAAAAGUAACCAUCUACUGUAUAUUAGAAACAAAGAUUUCUGUGAAUUAAAGUACUUUUAAAGAA